UGGGUUUCAUCAGGAGCUUCAUUUGAGGAAGUUUGAGUGAGGGCUUCGUCUUCCGUUUUUCUCCGACGAGAGUUGCUGUUUUUGAACGUGACCGAGCCUUCAGCCAUGCUCGGUGGGGGUCUACUGCUGUUUUUGCUGGCCGUGUUUCCGCUCGGCUCGCGGGCUCAGUACGCGCCGGACGAAGUGAAGCAUCUGCCCGGUAUGACGUUCAAACCGAGCUACCGACAGUGGUCAGGAUACCUGCAGGCGCGGCCGGGCAAGUUUCUGCAUUACUGGUUUGUAACUUCUCAGAGGGACCCAGUCAAAGACCCUCUGGUGCUCUGGCUGAAUGGCGGCCCCGGCUGCAGCUCGCUGGAUGGAUUUCUCUCAGAGAAUGGACCAUUUCAUGUAAAUGAUGAUGGGGCUACGCUGUACGAGAAUGAAUUCAGCUGGAACAAGAUUGCCAAUGUGUUGUAUCUCGAGUCGCCUGCAGGUGUGGGAUACUCCUACUCUGAUGAUGAGAAAUAUGCAACUGAUGAUGACCAGGUUGCUCAAGAUAAUUACAAAGCCCUGCAGAAUUUCUUCUACAAGUUCCCAAACUUCACUCAGAAUGAGUUCUUUAUCUUUGGGGAGAGUUACGGUGGAAUUUAUGCACCAACACUCAGCCUGCUUGUGGCCACAGGAAAAGCCAAAAUCAACUUCAAGGGCUUUGCAGUGGGGAAUGGCCUCAGCAGCUUUAGUUACAAUGACCAGUCUUUGAUCUACUUUGGUUACUACCAUGGCCUCUUUGGAGAAGAUUUGUGGCGUGACCUGAACAUAAAUUGCUGUAAGGAUGGAACCUGCAACUUUUACAAUUCCAGUUCUGAGACAUGCACGACUCUGGUUAAUGUGGCCUUUGGUCUCGUGUAUAAUAGUGGACUUAAUGAGUAUGCCCUUUACUUGGAUUGUGAGGGUCAGAGAAGAUCCAGCAGAGUCUAUGAGAGGACCAUGAGUCUUCUGUUUAGGAACUACAGGAAUCACCCACAUACACACAAGUUUUCAGCACCAGUGAGUUCCUCCACUACUCUGGGUGAAGUCCCUCCCUGCAUCAACAGCACAGCUCAGAUGAACUGGCUGAACAGAGGUGACGUGAGGAAAGCUUUGCACAUUCCAGCUACGCUGCCUCCUUGGGAUAUCUGCAGUGAUACAGUUGGAGGACUCUACACAACGCUGUAUUCAACAAUGAAAAACGUGUACCUGAAGCUGCUCUCUCUGGGCCUCCGUGCACUCGUCUACAACGGAGACACAGACAUGGCCUGCAACUUUCUGGGAGACCAGUGGUUUGUGGAGGAUCUCGGCUUGGAGCCAACCACCAAAUACCAAACCUGGAUUCAUGAGGACCAGAUUGCUGGCUUUUAUCAGAUGUUUGGAAACGUCACUUUUCUGACUGUUAAGGGUGCAGGUCACAUGGUUCCUCAGUGGGCUCCAGGUCCAGCUCUCCACAUGUUCCAGUCUUUCGUAACAAAUUCAAAUUACUGAGUUGGAGAAUGUACUCUUUUUUGUUGUUGUUGUUUUUCUCAGGAAAUCUACUUUUGAGGUGGAAAAAUUAUGCUUAGUAUUGGUGGUUCAGUUUGGGUUUUUUUUUUUUUUUUUCUCCUCUGGACACAUCGCCUUAUGUAGUGGAACCAGCCAGCUGGACUUUUGCAGGCCUAAAGAUUAAAUUGGACAAACUGGAAAUGAGUACCCAUAGUUAUUGCGUGGUUAUAAAUCACUGUGUUGCUGUCAGUCUUAGCUUUUAUGGGUUAAAUUUGUUCAUUUAGAUUGAGGUUAACAGGCUGAUUGGGUUACAGACCUUCUGUUUGGCUCCAAAACUACUUGCUUGUCAUAUUCCUACCACUUUGUCCUGGAAUUGGGGAGCUACUUAUGUGUAGAAGAACUGUAUGCAUCCUGUGGUUUCUGCAGAGCUUCUUAUUGUUCCACUAAAAUAAGUGAAUUCAGAACUGAAAUGACUUCAGGUAUUUGAUUCUGCACUUUACAUUAUCUUGUGAAGGUAUGGUCUGUGGCACUGAUGUAAUUUUUUUUUUUUUUUCCUUUUUUCAUGGUUGAUAUAUUGAAUGAAUUAAAAAUGAAUGAGCUCACUGAUGAUGCUUAAACUCUGUAAAAACAGUAAUGCCAUCCUUUUUUAUUAAAUGUUUUGUUCAACUCA